GGGGGCGCCCCGCGGGUGGCCGGCCAUGUCGGACCACUGCUGCGCGCUGGGGCUCCUGGUGCUGCUGGCGGGGCUCGGGGCCGUGUCGGCGUGGCUGGUCUGGCUGCACGGGCAGGUCGACAGGCAGGUGGACAGCCUCCUGUCGUCCCUGAGGAGUGUCCACUGCGACUCGGAACUGCAGAGCGCAUUGAGUACUCCACGGGGGGGCUUCUCUCGCGGGUGGGCAACGUCACGAGCCCGAGGGACUGCAGCGAGAGGUGCAGGGGCCUCCCGUCGUGCGCGGCGUGGACCUGGGGCUCGCGCCGCGCCGCGGCGGAGCUCGCCGGCGCGUGCCUCCUGAGAGAGAUGGAGCCCGGCACGAUGCCCAGCGUGCGCAGCCGGCCCGGCGUCGUGUCCGGGCUCGCGUGCCAGCGAGAGGGCGGGGCCCCCGCCGCCCUGCUGCGGGGCGCCCCGGGCGCCCGCUCGCUCCAGCAGCCCCUCGCGGCGCCCAGCGCCAAGGCCGCUGCGCAGACGCUCUUCUGCUUCUCGCUGAUGCUCCCGGACAGCUACGAGCAGGAGCUGCUGCGCAUGCAGUACGGGGAGGCCACCUCCAUCUUCGCGUGCGACGGAUACGUCGUGUACAGCAACGCGACCAUUCAGGUCAGCGGCGCCCUCGCGACCAGCGUGGUCGACGUCAGCCUCGACUGCGAGCUGGGCGGCGAGUUUCACGUGGCGAUGAACACGGCGAUCUUCAUGGCCGUGUGGGAGAAGCUCAGCAAGGACGGGGAGUAUCUGAAGUUCGCCUGGACUGUGAAGGUGGACCCCGACACGGUGUUCUUCCCAGCCCGGCUGCGGAUGGUGCUGAUAGCGCACCAGCCACAGGACCACUUCAGGAAGGCGGCCCAGGACGCGCACGGGUCUGCCGUCGACGCUCUGCGGACGGUGCCGGGCCUGCCCGCAGAGGCCGCGCGAACCUGGCCAGACUCCAACGCAGGUCAGGGCUGUCCAUCCCUCCCUCUGCCGCCACGGUGCGACGUAUGGAGCGACGUCGGCGACGGCAGCUGCGCGGACACCUUCGAGUGGCCCAUCGGCGAGAAGACCCUCCACGAGUGUGGGGUGGAGUGCGCCCGGUACCGCAACUGCAAAGGCUUCGCGUGGAGCGAGGAGCAGGGCUGCAUUGUGCUCGGCGCCCUGGCGGAGGCCACGGGAGCCAGCCCCGGCUGGCAGCAGUACGAGAGGGUGCGCUCCGAGGGAGUGUACAUCCCGGUCCUGUCCUCCGCAGCCGUGACGGCGCUCGUCCGUGGCCGGGAGAGGUGUGCCAAGAAUUUCACCAGCGAGUGUGGCGGGGAGUGCGCUUGGGGCGAGGAUCUGUUCAUCGACCAGUGCCUGUGGAAGGUGCUGGGCAUGGAGCGGCGAGAUGCGCUCGACGUGCUCCUCGAGGAUCACUGCGACCCCCCGGACGGGUGGGACGAGUGCAGCAAGGAGGGCCAGGUCGCGUUCCACCCGUUCAAGAGCGUCGAGGCCUACCAGGCUUGCUCCGACCGGGCGCUGCGAAGCGACCUGCUGAGCCCGCGGGCGACGGCCAGUGCUGGAAACCUUUCACGCGCGUUCGCCUAA